CGUAGUCAGACCGAUGUUUGAAUAAACAAUAUGUCAAGAUUGUUCAACGUGUAAGAGGUCGGUUCCGAAGAGACACUACGAGUAGUGAGCUCGUCAUCAUGCCCGACAUUGCGACACCCAUGCCAAUUUCUUGGUAUAUCCCAAACUCCUCUCCGAGAGGCUUCAAAUUGUACCACAUCUUGUCUUACGUGCUUCUUGUCGUGAGAUAAACCUCUUGGCUUCACAUUCAUUAUGCACAAACACAAUGCUACGCAGGGAAAAAUGCCACUGCCAUUGACGAACAUGUCCAUUGCGACAUAUAUCCGAGUCCUUACGCAAUGUGCAUAUCCCUUUGUUGUAUACGUCCCCUGGAUCACGACACUUCCGAAGAAUUGCACUAGAUAGGAAGUACUGACUUCAUUAGGUACUUAAAUACUUGCAUAAAUAGCAAAUGCCGUCCCCUUGAGUUGGAAAUCGUUUCAUAGUACUCUUCAACCCAAAGAAUUGAUCAAUAUGACGGACAUCGAGAAACGAGACCUUGGCCUCACCCCACCUGCGGGAAAUGCUGUUCUGACUCCUGUAUCAGUCACGUUGGAGAAAAAGAGCUCAGCCUCCGAUGAGGACGUACAAGCGAUUCGAGAGCGUAUUCUUGAUCGGCAUGCUGAAGAACUCCGGAAGACUGAGCCUCCCGUUCUGCCCAUCACCACACUUUUUAGGAGGAAGAAACAUCGUGACCUAGAUCAGAUUGCAACUCAACCCAGUGUAUACGAUGAUCCAGAAGCGGCUAAAUAUUUCCAGCCUAUUCCGAAGUACGAGAAUCUCCAUCGCUUUGACCCAAGUGCCAGGUGGACCUGGGCUGAAGAGUUGGUUAGUACCAGGAAACCUUCCUCGAUACUGAGAUCCUGAGUCCAAAUCAAGGACAUACUGACAAAGUACUAUAUUGACAGCCACUGAUUAACAAAAUCGACUGGAAAAUUACGUUAUGGGCCUGUAUAGCAUUUUUCGCUCUUGAUUUAGACAGAGGCAACAUCAGUCAAGCAAACACCGACAACUUUCUCGAGGAUCUGAACCUGUCUACAAAUGGUUUGAUCUUUCUAAAAUUCCGACAGAAAUACAGUUUCUCAUUAAUUCAUAGAUUUCAACCUUGGCAAUACGGUCUUUCGGCUAGCAUUUUUGUCUGCUGAACUUCCUUCUCAGCUGGUUAGCAAGAAACUUGGUCCUGACAGAUGGGUAUGAUAGACCGAAGGGACCCAGACCUGCAACUGAGACAUUGCUCUAAUGUUUUGCAGAUCCCCACGAUCAUGGUCUUGUGGAGUGUUGUCGCGGCGUCACAAUUCUGGCUCAGUGGAAGAGCCAGCUUUCUCACAUGCCGUGCCCUUCUGGGGCUGCUUCAAGGAGGUUUCAUUCCUGAUGUCAUUCUUUAUUUGUCUUAUUUCUUCAAGUCGACCGAGCUUCCUUUCCGCCUUGGGUUGUUUUGGGUCACAUUACGGGUAGUCGAUGUUAUUGCUCCUAUACUUGCUUUUGGACUACUACGACUUCGGGGCCAUCACGGACGGGAGGGUUGGAGAUGGCUCUUCCUUAUCGAAGGUUUGUUCACCCUCGCUAUAGGCGUGUGGUCGUGGUUUAUGAUGGCCGCAUCGCCCACGCAGACAAAAUCAUGGUACCGACCUAAAGGGUGGUUCACAGAACGGGAAGAGGUUAUCAUGACUAACAGGAUCCUACGUGAUGAUCCAAGUAAGGCGGACAUGCAUAAUAGGCAGGCUGUGGAUUUCAAGGGGCUCUGGAAGUCCUUCACAGACUACGAUCUAUGGCCGAUCUAUCUUAUCGGGCUCAUUUUCAAUAUCCCGGCAGGGCCACCAGAUCAGUAUCUUACUCUCACGUUGCGAAAUCUUGGCUUUGACACCUUUGAUGCCAACUUGCUAUCCAUCCCGGCGCAAUUCAUUGGUGCUGUGACGUUACUCAUCCUGACCUAUGCUUCUGAGUCCUUUAACCAGAGAGCACUAAUGGGUGCCAUCGGGCAGCUUUGGAUUUUGCCCAACAUUAUUGCAAUAGCAGUACUUCCAGACAAUGCCUCGCAAUGGGCAAGAUAUGCUGUUCUCACGGUGUUGCUGUCAUGGCCAUCCCCACAUGCCUUACAGGUCGGUUGGUGUAGCCGCAAUUCAAACACGGUCAGGACUCGAACGGUCUCAGCGGCCCUGUACAACAUGUUCGUUCAGACGGGAGGCAUCACACUGUCAAACAUAUAUCGUGCUGACGACAGACCCCUUUAUCGACGAGGUAAUCGUCAAUUGGCCAUCAUCUGUGGCACUACGAUUGUCUGGUAUGGCUUAGUGAAGGCAUACUAUGUUUGGCGCAACAACAGCAGAAGCAAAAUCUGGGACGCUAUGACAAAGGAGGAACAACUUAAAUACCUCGCCACGACAACAGAUGCUGGAAGUAAGCGACUGGACUUCCGCUUUGCUCAUUGAAAAGUGGAGACCACAGCUGGGGUCUUCUUAUUCUGCACCGGGAAUCAGACAAUCAACAGGCAUAGGCGGAUACGGCGCAAGAGUAGAUGCGACCCACGAAGAAUGGCCUGGAAACCACGGCGUCAUCAAGGUCGACGUCAAUCCCCACAUGGGAACAUUAGGCGCGCUUAUCACAGAGAACUUGGAAUUGCCACGAAUCACUUCAAGUCUUUUCUCCCUCUGUGAUGUCGCCGAUUUGUAAGAGCUCGAGUCUCUCAGAAUUUAUCCUCUUUCCAGCUGAUGUUUGCCCACUCGUUGGGAGACUUCAUAUUCCCCGUGAGAAGAACUCGAAAUUUGUUCUGUAACUUGAAACCUAGGUACCUAGUUCUAAAGUUUUGCGGCAUGGCUGCUAGAAGUGACUGCGACACGAGCGGUUGAUCUUUAAAUGAGAAAUGGAGUGUCA